CCGGAGCCGCCAUCACCGCCGGGGCCGAAGACAAAGAAGUAGACAAAGAGCGUCCGGAGAACAAUUGCUACGCGCUCUGGGUUUGAUGACUAGUGGCGCCAUGAGGCCAGCCGCGGGAGCGCGUAUAAAGGCUCCCCAUCUGCGCUGCGCGGGUCCGCUAUCGACGCCCUUUCAACACCCGCGCGUCUGACGAUCCGAUUCUCAAGACUACAUCCAGGAUGGUGUACUCCGCUGCGCUCUUUCUCUUGACGAUUCUCCAGGUCGCAUACGCCGAACACAAUUCGACGACGCUCGCCGCGGACCAGUCCCACGGCGGCCCCAGCCACGGGGUGCGCGCGGGAGUCAUCGCCGCCAUCGUCGUUUCCUGCACGCUCCUCGUCGCCGUCGUCGCCUGCCUCUUGCGCGCUGUGAUCCUUCGCUAUGGGCUCUGCCGGCGCGGGUCAAAGGCGCUCAAGGCCUGGCCACAUACGCCCGCGCUCGGUCUGCAGUCAGACGAGGAAAAGAAAUAUGCCACUAAAGACCACACACGCUCCCUUCACGAUACCCUCGACCGCCUCUCCACUACCAAAUCGGGCGCGCCUGCCACCCGCGCCGUCGUCGUCGACAUGUCAAACGGCUUGCACGACGAGAAGGCGGACAGCCCUUUCUUCAGCGUGCCCGUCGACCUGCCCGAGACCGACUACGCGUCCGUGCGCGAGCAGAACAACCGCAUGGUCGAGCUGCGCAAGCAGGCCAGCACCUCGUCCGUCAACGUCCUCGCGCGCGUCAUGUACGACGGCAGCCCGCAGGCGCCCGCGCGCUCUGACUCACCGACGGUGCCGCCCGGGCUGCAGUCCCCCAGCCCGCCGAGCUACAAGUCUGGUGCUGAGAGCCCCGUCACCAUGACGCACAAGCGCUCGAUGAGCUCGCGCAGCCGGAUGCCGCCCGCGGUCGAGCACGUCGCGAAGAAGCCCAGCGUGGACGCGGAGGACAAGCCGCGCAGCAUCCGCUGGGAGGACGGGACGCUGUACCGCAGCCCGUCCACCCGCGCGCGCAUGCAGCUUCCCGAGGUCUCCCCGGUGCAGUGGGCGACCUCGGACCCCUUUGCGAGCGCGAGCACGGCUGCCAGCCCUGUGCCCGCAAGCCCCCCGCCGGUCGACGAACUGAAGCGGUACCUCCAGAGCGCGGAGACGGUGCAGAAAGAGGUGUGGACGGAGGUGAAGGAGCAGAUCUCGCGCAACAACUCGAUAACGGAGGAGUGGCGCGACGUCCCUCUCGACAAGACCCCUCGCUAAUAGAAGAUAAUCAGUAUGAAUCUCUGAAGGACACGGGUAGCCGUCGUACUUCGUUCAGGAAGUAGAGCCUGGUGCUCUCACCCACUAUGAUCUUUGCAUGUUUCCUACCGACGACUUGAUGUCCCUUGACGCUGUAGCCAUUAUAUGACCUGUAUUUGUGUCGAACGCCCUAUUGGAUUGCCUAUAUAAUCGCUGGAGUUGUCUUGGCCCGUCUGUCCCUUUCCGCAAAAAGUUGAACCUCGU